CUUCCUUUUUGCACCGUAGCAAGUUUUUCCGGCCGCCGCCAUCCUUCAAAAAAAAACAACGGCGCCGGCAACCAAUUCAAAAAGGGGAUACGCGCAUGGGUUCCGGAGGGUCCUUUGCCGAACUUCAUCUCUCAUCGCAAAAUUUUGAGAAAGAUACGGAAAGGAUCGCUGAGACGGCACUGUACCGUACAAUCGUACCGUACAAGCCGCGUUGCACGAUGUUCAUUCUUUUUUCUUCGACAACCACAGCAAGUAUCAGCGACAACAACGGCAGGUGCGAGUACGUUCAGUCAUCUCAGAAGCUACAGUAGCAAUAAUGCCGGUUCGAUGAAAGCAAUAAAUGGUGCCUUCUCAUCCAACUGCUGGUGUUGCUGUCGUAAUUUCGAUAGCGGCGGUAUUUGUUCUUAUGGAAUGGAACCGAGCACCCGCACCAUUGAAACUAUUAUUUUAUGACAGCGGACCAUUAGAAAUUGUAGACUUUGAGAACACAGAUGCAUGUUCUGCAUAUAUCCCAGAGAAAAAACAGCAUGCGAAGAAUCCUAUACCCCUCUUCGCGCAUGAUGAUGGCGGCGGUCAAGGCAGUGAUAACACCAUCAAGGUCGUGGAAUUGAAUUCUUCGUUUUCUCUUGAAGAAUGUGCAGGUUUUGCUGCAUCGUGGCGCGAUAGCAACGGGGCCCUCUGUCGAACAGCCUGCUGGUUCAACCACCAAGCUGCCAAUGACAACACCGUGGAAAAUAGAUGUUUCUGUUUGACUGAUCCGAUCUGGAUGCCACAACACCAAGUACACAACCAUAUUGAAGGUCGGGUUGAUUCCGCGAGAUUAGUUUGGCCUUGCCGAGAGAACAGCGAUUGCAGUUACAACGGUCACUGCAGCGACACAGAUCAUCGGUGUCACUGUCGGGAAGGAUGGAAAGGUUUGUUUUGCGACGAACUCUAUUUGCUUCCGAUGACAAAGGAUCGGCUCGGAUUCCGAGAGGUAGACACGAGCGGGCGUAAUGUAUCAUCAUGGGGCGCACCGAUUCUGUUCGACGAAUCAAGUAAGAUAUGGCACGGUUUCGUGUCCGAAAUCCAAGCAGGAUGUGGGAUCAAUGCCUGGCAAACAAACAGCAGGAUUGUUCACGUUGUAGGAGAUUCGCCCUACGGACCCUUCGAGCGGAAGGAAAUUGUCUUUCCGGUGUUUGCUCACGAGGCAUCAGUCGUCAGGGGACCUAGGGGGGAAUGGGUGAUGCUAUUCUCUUUUUUCCACUACAACGAAACCGGGCUUGCUGCUGUAAUUUGUAGCAAUUGCAGGGACGGUGUAACACCGGAAAUUUCACCAAAGUGCCCUUUUCAACGUGGUUCUCCAAAGAAAUUGAGGCACAAGUUUCGGCAAAUGAUGUCUUUGGCCGAGUCUCCCGAUGGACCCUGGUCCACACCGUUGGAAAUCCCACAAUUGUCCCAAAACUGGGAUUGGAAUACCGACCUGACGAUAAACCGUGACGGGUCUGCAGUAGCCCUCAUCCGUUGUGGUAUGACGUGGCACGCACAAAACUACUCGGAUCCAACCACAUGGCAUCCUGUUGGGAGCAAACACGGUAAAGGGUCCGAGGGACCAUGUUGGACAGGUGCUGCCAUCGAAGAUCCCUACAUAUGGCAGGAAGAGGGAGUUUACCAUGCACUUGCUCAUGCAUUCUCCCCGUUUAUUGGGGUUCACGCAUUUGUGCCCAUCCCCCCAGCCGACUUCGAUUGGACCUUGCCAUUGAACUGGACCGUGACGGGAGUUGCGUACAACAACACGGUUCGGUUCACAGAUGGCAGCUCGCACUUGUUCCCUCGUAGAGAACGACCGCAUCUCGUUUGGGAACCAUCGGAAACGAAAGCAGGAAAGACCACGGGAGCAAACUUGAAACCUGUUGCGCUAAGCAGUGGUGUGCAAUAUAGCGGUCGUCCCAAUGAAUCCUACUCCGAUGGCGUAUUCACGCUUUUACAACCUAUGGGGAGCAUUGCGCAAGAAAUUGCUAAAGUUAUUGACUUCGAGGAGACUGAAUCACACCUACAGAAUAAGUAGAGUACAUAUGUUUGCAUCAAAGAAAUUAAUUUCGGUCAG